GAUGCCAUGAACCCCACCCUCGCGAUCCUGGUCUGCCUUGGGCUGAGUGUGAGCUCAAGGACCGCAGUGCAGGCAGAGACCCUCACCAUACCCACCAUCUGGGCUGAGCCAGGCUCUGUGAUACCCCAGGGGAUGCCUGUGACCAUCUGGUGUCAGGGGACACCAGAAUCCCUGGAGUACUGUCUGUAUAAGUGGGGAAACCAGGAGCUUUGGGACAAACAGAAUCCACUGGAUCCCACAGACAAGGUCAAGUUCUCCAUCCCACACAUGGCAGAGCAAUAUGCCGGGCUAUUUUUCUGUAUCUAUCUCAGCCCUGCUGGCUGGUCAGAGCACAGUGACCCCCUGGAGCUGGUGGUGACAGGAUUCUACGGCAAAACCACCCUCUCAGCCCUGCCGAGCCCUGUGGUGACCUCAGGAGGGAAUGUGACCCUCCAGUGUUGCUCAUGGGAAAGAUUUGGUACGUUUAUUCUGACUAAGGAAGGAGAACACAAGCCCUCCUGGACCCUGGACUCACAGCGACACCCCAGUGGCCAUUUCCAGGCUCUGUUCCCUGUGGGCCCCAUGACCACCAACCACAGAUGGACAUUCAGAUGCUAUGGCUGUUACAGGAACAAACCCCAGAUGUGGUCACACGCCAGUGACCCACUGGAGAUUCUGGUCUCAGUCGCCACCUCCUCGAAUUACAUGGUGGUGAACUCUGUCCGCAUGGGCGUGGCUGGUGUGGUCUUGCUGAUCCUGGUGGUGAUUCUGGCAGAAUCUUGGCACAGUCAGCACAGUUAGAUGUUGAGUGUGUGUCUCUGCUGAUCUGAGCUCUGCAGUGCAGUGGGAUCCUGCAUCUUCCCUGAAGCAUCUCCAGGGC